GCGAGCAGGCGGGCCGGCGACACGGCGAGGGAGAGAGCCGGGCGCGGGGACUCCCUCCCGCCACUCCUGCGCUGGGCGGACGUCUCGCUUUCCCCCUCAGGAGCCAGGAUUAGCAACAGCCCCCCCCCCGAGGGGGCCCCCCGCGGUUCGGUGUGCCGCGCUCUCCGGCGAGCGUCGAGAGGAGCAGGAGCCGCUCGCUGCGCGGUCGCCCUCCCGUACCGCUCGCUCCAACCUGCCUGCCCGCCGGAGACGCCCCGAGAGGCUGCGCCGGCCCUUCCCUGCCCUUCCCCUUCUCUCCCACUCCGUCCCUUUCUCUCUCUCUCUCUUGCCCGUCGCCCCCCUCCCCGACAUGGACUUCUCCCUGAGGUUCAUCCUUCUGCCCUGGUUUUACCUGGGAGCCGCGGGGGACUUUGACGGCGGGUGGUCCAGGCAAAUUCUUUCCACAACUGGAUUAUGCCGCUUUGGAAGCAGAGUUGAUUGCUGCUGGGGCUGGGUUCGGCACUCAUGGGGCCAAUGCCAACCUUUCUACAUCUUAAGGCAGAGAAUAGCCAGGAUAAGGUGCCAACCCAAAGCUGUAUGUCAGCCUGGAUGUAAGCAUGGUGAAUGUGUUGGACCAAAUAAGUGCAAAUGUCAUCCAGGAUACACAGGGAAAACAUGCAACCAAGCUGAACAUCUUUAUGCAACCUCACAUGAGUGGCCCAGUGAACCACCUUUUUUCAACCCUCUGGAUCAUCAUGCAGCAAAUUUCCCAUGGAGGGAUCUCAACGAGUGUGGACUGAAACCAAGGCCAUGCAAACACCGGUGCAUGAAUACUUUUGGCAGCUACAAGUGUUAUUGCCUGAACGGGUACAUGCUCAUGCCUGAUGGAUCAUGUUCCAAUGCCCUCACAUGUUCCAUGGCAAAUUGUCAGUAUGGCUGUGAUGUAGUGAAAGGGGAAGUACGUUGCCGUUGUCCUUCUCCAGGCCUACAACUGGCACCUGAUGGUAGAACUUGCGUAGAUGUUGACGAAUGUGCCAGUGGGAGAGUUACAUGUCCUCGAUUCAGGAAGUGCGUCAACACUUUUGGAAGCUAUAUUUGCAAAUGUCAUAAAGGUUUUGAUUUGAUGUACAUCGGAGGGAAAUACCAGUGCCACGACAUAGAUGAAUGUUCACUUGGCCAAUAUCAUUGUGGAACUUUCUCACAAUGUUACAAUACUCUGGGAUCUUACAAAUGUAAAUGUAAAGAAGGAUACAGAACUGAUGGAAUGAACUGCAUAGCUAUUCCAAAAGUUAUGAUUGAUCCAUCUGGCCCGUAUCACAUGUUUAAGGGCAACACAACCUUUCCUAAAGGCAAUGGCGGCAUGACGAAUAGAAUACCUGAAAUGGGCAAUACAAGACAUCCCAUUAAGCCACCACAUGUACCAGACUUAGCUACAAUAAAGCCUACUCCUAAAACGGCAAGACCCACUCAAAAGCCAACCUUGAAGCCAACACAGAGACCAUUUACCAGGUUUGUUACAAAACCUGCAACAACAAGACCACCUCUGAAGCCUGUGACAAGACUUCCACCAGUGACCAGAUUCCCACCACUGACCAGACUCCCAACACCACCCCCAACUCCAUCUAAGCCUAUAACAACAAGAAUAUCAAGACUGACAACGAAAGAGCCACUGCCUGUUCCUAGUGAUACUACUCCUCAACAAGGAUUUACUGUUGACAACAGGAUCCCAGUUGAUCCUCAGAAACCACGAGGGGAUGUAUUCAUUCCACGUCAGCCUGGAGUUGGCAAUAAUCUCUUUGAAACAUUUGAAAUUGAAAGAGGCAUUAGCGCAAAUGAGGAUGAACCAAACGACGACCCAGGUGUUCUGAUCCAUAGCUGCAACUUUGAUGAUGGCAUGUGUGGUUGGAUGAAGGAGAAAGAUAACGAUUUACAUUGGGAAGUCAUUAAAGAUCUCUCAGGUGGGCAAUAUUUAUCGAUUUCUGAACCCAAAGGAAAAUCUGGCCAUGUUGCACGUUUGAUCAUUCCACUUGGCCACGUAGCUCAUGAGGGAUAUCUGUGCCUGUCCUUUCGGCACAAAGUAUCUGGCCCACAUUUGGGUUUGCUUCAAGUGUUUGUUAGAAAGACUGGCGUUCAUAGCCCAGCAGUUUGGGGAAGGAAUGGUGGCCAUGGCUGGAGACAAACACAAAUAACAUUGCAAGGAGCUGGCAUCAGGAGUGUUAUUUUUAAAGGAGAGAAAGGGAUAGGAAAAGCUGGAGAAAUUGCGUUGGAUGAUGUCAUCUUGAGGAAGGGCCCGUGUUUUCAAGAUCAUUAGCAGGGCAGACAACUGGCAAAGAGAACAUUUUUUGGGGGGGUCCAUGCCUCUUAACUGAAACAGGUGGCGGGCUGGCGGCUUCUUCUCCCUUAUCUUCGUGAAAUCCCAAUGAACUUCUGUCUAAAUAGAAAACAUUGCCCGUAAAAGGUAAAGUAGAUAUUCAAGAUUUCUGUGGACAGAGAUAUUCAGCUCAACUGACGUAAGUGACAAAAAGCUAUCUGAGUAAUGGAUAGAAAUGUCCAUUCUGAAGAUGAACAGAUUGUGGCCAAACUUCAUCUGAAUGACUCUUUGACGAACACUGCAAUUGCUUUAAUGGUUUCCUGUGUUUUUUUCCUAUUUUGCUGCUUAUUCUAUACCAAGUUGUUGAUUCAACUUCAUAAACUGAAAGUAGCUCAGGCAAAGGCCUGAAAUGUGGCUGUCCUGCAUCUAUGGACUUUUGAAGAAGAGUGUUUUAUAUAUAUAUAAUAGCAUUUAUUCUUGUUUUUCUUAUUAACAAAAGGCAGUUAUUAUACAGUAGGCACUGCAUCGCAUAAUAUUAGUAGUGCUGUGUUCUUUGUAUGUUACUAAUGUAUUUAUGUGCAUUUUUGCAAAUUGUAGUAACAAAUUAAAUUGGCAGCUGUUCAGAUCAGUUAGGCUGGCAUGCACAGACCCACAUUGGUAGGCUGAUAGUACUCUUUUUAACCAUCCAUCAACUACUAAAAACUAAUCACAGUCAUUUUGUCUGUGAGCUUGCAGAGUAUUCAGUGAAACUCCAGAAAGGCUACAUCAAGUGAGCAUAUAAACAAACAUAACGAAUUUACAAACUGGAUUUAAGAGAACUGUAGGUAGUUGCCACUGUUCUUUUAUCCAUAGUUGGUAUCAAUGGCAAAGCCUGGCCUUCAAGGUGCUACAUGACUGUUUAUCAUUAGGCUAAAAGUGCACUCCUUGAGCAUGCAGGGGAGUUCUUAAUGCUUCUGACCAUAAAAUCCCUUGCACAGCUGAAUGGGCAAGCUGGAUUGUAAACUAUAAAGCAACUACCUGUUCAGUCAGAUUAGUGGUUGUAGUAGAAACCUAUGAGACCACUACAGCUGUAUACAUUGUUUUGUAGGGUUCUGAUUUAAGUUUCUGCAUUUAAAAAUAUGGAACGUCAGUGGGGCAUGUUGGAUUUCUCUGGUGAAAAUGCUGUUUGAAAUGGAAUGAAAUAGUCAAUAGUUUCAAUGUAAUCAGGGUUUUUUUGACCAAAUACCAUCUUUAUAAUUUUAAGGGGUUGAAACCCCCAUCCCCACCCCAAAAUGUAGCUGUGUUUGAAUGUUAUUUUGCCUUCAUUGUGGUGAGACAAUCUCGGAAUGUACAGUGUGGAUUCAAGAGGGAAGACAAAAUCCUGUAAAACGUAUUUGUGACAAAUGUGUGUUUGAAGCUAUAGAGUUGCAUUGUUGUGUGCGUGUGUUUUAAAGGAAUUCAGUUGCAACUAACUUAAACCUGAGUGAUUUCAGUGCAAUGUAGUCAUGGUUAUUUUUUACUGAACUGCGUAAUUUGCUGAAUUAUACACAAUUUCUCUCAUUUGUGUUUUAGCAGGUAAUAUCCAUGUAGUGCUAGUUCAGUAUAUAUUUAGCAUAAACUGUUUUUGCCUAAAUCAAACAAUAUUUUGUUUCCUCAUGGCAAGUGACAUGGCAGCCACAGUUAUAGUUUAGGGGUAGAAAAUCUUGGUGAGGACUUUUUUUAUUUUUUUAAUCCCAGGAUCCACAGAGAUUG